AUGGCCAACGACGAAUACGAUUUUCUCUUCAAAGUGGUGUUGAUCGGAGACUCUGGUGUUGGUAAAUCCAACCUGCUGAGUCGAUUCACCCGCAACGAAUUCAACCUGGACUCCAAGUCCACAAUCGGCGUGGAGUUUGCGACUCGCUCGAUCCAGGUCGACUCCAAGACAAUCAAGGCACAGAUCUGGGAUACUGCUGGUCAGGAGCGCUACCGUGCGAUCACCUCUGCUUACUACCGUGGCGCUGUCGGUGCCCUUCUUGUCUAUGAUAUCAGCAAGCACCAGACCUACGAAAAUGUCAACCGGUGGUUGAAGGAACUGCGGGAUCAUGCCGACUCCAACAUUGUGAUUAUGCUUGUCGGUAACAAGAGUGAUUUGAGGCACCUGCGUGCUGUUCCCACCGAGGAGGCCAAGCAGUUUGCCAGCGAGAACAACCUUUCUUUCAUCGAAACCUCCGCCCUUGACGCCAGCAACGUCGAACUUGCUUUCCAAAACAUCCUCACAGAAAUCUACCGUAUCGUCUCCAGCAAGGCUCUUGACUCGGGCGACUCGACCUUGAACCAGCCCGGCCAAGGCCGUACGAUCGACUUCACCCCGCAGGAAAAUGACCAGAAGCAGGGAUGCUGCUAG